CAGCCUUUUGGCAGUAGUCGGGUUUAUGGUAAUGGAGGGUGAAUGUGUUUAUUGUUGAUGUGCUUCUUGAGGAAUGAACAAUGAUGAUGGAGGACGAGUUAAAGUGUCCUUUAUGCAAACAUUUCUUCAGUAAUCCGGUGUUAUUACCAUGUUAUCAUUCUCUGUGUUUAAAUUGUGCUCUUCACGUGCAGCAGCCCGCUCAGCAAGUCAAUCAAACGACUCAAGAGGAUGCGAAUCAUCUGAGCGAUAUCCCUGCCGACUGCCCCGACGUUGACAAGCUGAGCUUGGUCAGCGAGACCGAUAGUGGUGUUGUUUGUAAUAGCAGACCUAAUAGCUAUGUUGGGACACCUAACCAAGGAAUACUUUACCCACCUUUACAUAGUAGUGCUCUUUCUUUAAAUUGUCCUGUGUGUAAAAAAACUGUGUAUUUUGAUGAUAAUGGCGUUCACAAUCUGCCCAAAAACCGCGCUCUCCAAAACAUUGUGGAUAAAUACGGUGAGAGCAGGAAUUUAGCAGUUCAGUGCCAGCUUUGCGAAGGUGAACCACAAGAAGCAGCUGUUAUGUGCCUGCAAUGUGAAGUGUUUUAUUGUAAUUUGUGUCGUGAUAAUUGCCACCCAUCGCGGGGACCACUAGCCAAACACACUUUAGUCAAUCCUCACGAAGGCAAAGCAGCCCUUCGAGCCAAAAAUAAGAAUAAAGAACCAAAGUGCAUCGAACACAGCGAAGAAUCUCUUAGUAUGUACUGUAUGUUAUGUAAACUUCCUGUCUGUGUUCUGUGUUUACAAGAAGGGAGACAUUUGAGCCAUGAUGUUCAAGCAUUAGGAUCAAUGUGUAAAGCUCAGAAGACGGAACUUUCUCAGAAUUUACAGAUUUUAUCAGAAAAGGCAAAGGGAACAACAGAAUUUAUCCAGCGACUAAAAUCAAUGUCGGAUAAAGCUGCUGAUAACUGUGUGCAGUUGGAGAGUAAUAUAGAAACUGAAUGUGACUUACUUAUUGAAUUAAUUAAUCUUAGAAAGCAACAAUUAAUUGAUUUCAUCAGGAAAGAAAGAGACUAUAAAGUUAAGUCAUUGAAAGAACAAGUUACUGUGUGUACUGGUAAAUUACAACAGACUACUGGCCUUCUCCAAUUUUGCAUUGAAGCUUUAAAAGAGACUGACCCUUCAACUUUCCUACAAAUUGGCUCAUCUCUUAUUCACAGAGUAUCUAACCUAGAUUUAACCUGGAGUCAAGAAAUGCCAUGUACGCCAUGGGUGACUGAUGAUUUCGAUCUCACUUUAGACCAUCAAUCUGUCAUCAAUUCAAUUGAAAGCAUGACAUUUCUCCAAAUGAAACCUCCCGGUGCUCCUAUAAUAAUCCCAGAGGAAUGUACAUCUGAAAACAAUAGUAUUACAAUAGCUUGGCAGCCACAUCCUUCAAGUUUUGUUGAAGGUUAUAUAUUAGAAUUAGAUGAUGGAAACAGUGGUGCUUUCAAAGAAGUAUAUUGUGGAAAAGAGACUAUAUGUACUGUUGAUGGUUUACAUUUCAACAGUUUUUAUAAUGCUCGUGUUAAGGCAUAUAAUAGUACAGGAGAAGGUCCAUAUAGUGAACCAAUUUCUAUGCAGACUGCAGAAGUGGCAUGGUUUACUUUUGAUCCUAUUACUGCUCAUCCAGAAAUAGUGUUAAGUAAUGAAAAUUUAACAGUGACUUGUGACAGCUAUGAGCAUAGGGUUGUUCUUGGAAGUAUUGGGUUUUCUCGGGGUAUACAUUAUUGGGAAGUGACUAUUGUGAAGUACGAUAAUAAUGCUGACCCUGCUUUUGGAAUAGCACGCUUUGAUGUUGUCAAAGAUCUUAUGCUUGGAAAGGAUGACAAAGGAUGGAGCAUGUACAUAGACCAUCAACGAUCUUGGUUUUUGCAUGCAGAUCAUCAUGAAAACAGAACAGAAGGUGGUAUUGAAAUAGGUUCUGUAAUUGGAAUUCUGUUAGAUUUAGAGCAGCAUCAGUUGAGUUUCUUUGUAAAUGAUGAGCGACAGGGACCAGUAGCUUUUACAGAUCUUCAUGGUGUAUUUUUCCCAGCUUUCAGUGUCAAUCGCAAUGUUCAAGUUACUGUUCAAACUGCUCUGGAGCCUCCUGUCAGUGCUGAUAUUGAAAUUGGUUCUUGUAAAGAUAGCUUGUCUCAGUUAUCUUUAUCUUCAACUUUAUCACCUUCUCAUAAAACCUAAAAAAAAUAUGAAGGUUAUAGGGCAGUGUUUUGAAGUUCUUGUCAAGUGUCCUUUUUUAGCCUAUAAUUGAAGCAAGCAUAAACAUUUUGUUUCCAGUUUAUAAACGGGUGAUUUGGUGUUUUUGGUUGUGCUAUACUUUUUUUGUUAGGUAAGCUGUAUUUAUGACUUGCCACAGCUUCAACUGAUGAAGCUUGUGUUGUGGAAGCAGAUAUUUUUGUUAAAAUUACAUAUCAGGAGGUAUAAAUUACUGCCUAAAAUAAUCCAGUCGAGUACAUUUCUGAAUUUUUUUUUAAUAUGAAUGCUUUGGGAAGUUUAUGUUUUAAGUGUAUGAUUGUUAAAAUAUUAAUCAGCUUUUGUUUUUAUAGAGUUUUUUUUUUUUAAACAUGAUGGGGCUGGGACCCAAAUGUUUAAACCAAAAAUAUUUUUAAAAUUUUUCGAUUUUGAUAGUCAUUUACAUGUUAAGAAGUGUACAUUUUUUCAGCUCCUUUAAAAGAAAAGUGUGUUUUGUUUUAUGUUUUGUUAUAUUUUUAUACAAAAUGAUCAUAUAAAAGUGCUCCUUUUAAUAAAAUUUAAUAUUCAGAGAACUUUCUUUAUAUUCAGUAAAGUUUUUAAUUGAAUUGUAUGUAAUUAGUUCAAAUAAAAUUGAAUACAGAAUUUUUUUUAAUAAAUGGAAUAAAACUGGUUUUAUUUUUUAAAUUCCUUACUACUUUUUUUUUUCAUUAAGUGUUACAUUGCACUGCUGUAUGGGAAUUGGAUUGGUUAAAAAAAGGGGAGGAUGGUUAAUUGUCAAAAGCUGGUCAAAUUUAUCACACUAUGUACUUUGAUAAUUUUCAGUGGCUAUUUCUGUUAUAAUAUUUGUUUUUCUUCAUCAGCAUGAUAUUAAAAAUAAUAAUAAUUUAAGUUGCAUAAAGGAAUAACAAAUACAUAGAUUUUUUUUUUUUUUUUCUCUUGUAAACUAAUGCUGAAUCCAAAUACAGGGAAAUGUAGUUUGUGAACAUCUAUGUAUGUUGAAAGAUGUAUAACUGAAACCCAAAUGCAAGUAGAGGAUAGUAUCUCAAAAUCUGUUGUGUAAGAGUGAUUAUGAUUAAAUAUCUAGAAGCCAAGUGAGGAUUAAUUAAAAAGUGAAUUAACACGUUGAGUGCCAUAUCAUCCACUAGUGAUUGACACUGAACUUUUCAUUUAGGCUGCAUCAGUCACCGGUGGCUGACACCAAAUUUCCCAUUCAGGCUGCAUCAGUUGCCGGUGAUUGAAAGUAACAAAUGCUAUAUAAAACAAAAAAUUUGCAUUGUUUUAACGGAUUGUAUUGAAAUGUGGUAAAAAUAAAAAUGGUUGAUCUUCAGAGGUAUCACAAAAUGUAGUGACUUAUUCAGUCAGUUUUCUGGCCAUUCCAAGUGUGCUGCAUUUUCUUUAUAGCAUAAUUUACAAUAUUGUUGUAUUCUAGAGACUUUUUCAGUUGUUUUUUUUUAAGUUUGUGCCAUGGUUUUUUUAAUAGUAGUUGCAGUAUUGCUAGAUAGAAUGUCUUCGUCUUGGCAGUUUAUGAACUGACAUUCAGUUGACAUUUUUGUGUUCUAGGUUAAAGAAAGAUUUUAUCAGCAUAGGACCAAGAACCACAGAGAACUGAAUGUAUGUAAACAUAAAAUAUUUCUAGUCUUAACUAACAAUCUUAAAAGUGCACUUGGUAUAGCUUAACCACAGUACUAGCACAUUUCUAAGCAGCACCCAUGGCCUGGCGGAAAUUUCCAUAUAAAUUCACAUGGCACUUAACGUGUUAAAUACCAAGUCUAAAAUGCCAUUUAUGCAUAACAGGUUUCCUGUUUCUACAUGUAAGAUAAUUUAACAUGUAUUUAAAAAUAAAUCAUUGUGUUGUAAAUGUAAACACUUUUGUUUUAAGGUUUUAAAUUCACAUUACGAGUUAUAUAGUAUGAUGACUAAUGAUUUUAAAUGCAUUAAGUUUGUAGCUUGAAUUUAAUGACAGAUUAUGCUGAUGUAUUUAUGAUUUUAUGAUCACGUUCCCAUAUGCAGUUUAAAUAAAAAGAACUGUUUUUGUUAUUAAAAAAAUAUUUACUGCACUAAUAAAAUAACUGCAACUCAUUUUUCAAGAACUUAAUAUUCACUGUUUUUGUCCCAUUAUAAAAUAGCAAUGUUAGCAAAAUUAUAAUAUUUGACAACUUUUGAAUUUUUUUCUGCCCAAAAUUUUUUCAUAAAAUUUAUUUUUAAAUAUAAGACUUGUAACAUGUUUACCAUACUAACAGGCUGUACAAUUUUACAGCUACCAACUGAGAGUAUUUUAAAGUGAAUUUUUAUCUCAUUUUCUUAUAUUGUUUUUUGCAUAAAGUGUAAUUUACUGUUAUUUAAUAUAUAAUUGUAAAAGGCUAAAAAUCUUAAAAGAAUUGGAUGGAUCUGUAGAGGAUAAAAGGGUUAAUCUUUGGAUUAUGGUAACUUGGCGAAAAUUUGGCAACCAACCCUGCUACAGCAACUUGCUAGUUUUUGUUUGGACGCCAUUUUGUUUUCACAAAGUAAAGGCAUGGGUUUUUUUUU